UCAUUUCAUUCGGUGCUGAAGCAAUCAAUUUCUUUAAGAAACCUCUCUCUCUCCAUCUCUAACUUAUUCCCUCUCUCCCAAUUACGGACAUACAUAGACAUUCAUCACUCUUUUCUGGUUUCAUCUCCGUCUCGCUCGUUAUCCUCGUGGGGCCGUGGGAGUUGUGUUGAUUUGGGGCGGACUUGAUUUGUCGAAACUACAAUUGAAGUAAUCUGAUGGGGAGGAAGAAACCUACAGCUCGCGAUGAGGAGAGCGCCCCUGCUGGGGCGGGUGGGGCAGGUAAAUCAAAGAAGAAAGGAUUUGUGAUUGCUGAUGAUGAGUAUUUUAUGGGAAUUGAAUCUGAGGAAACUGCUAUUCCGGAAGAGAAGGUUGCUGCCCCUCCAGUAAACAAAAAGAAGGGCAAGAAAGGGGGUUCGAAGAAUGCGGUGUUGAAUGAUGAUGAUGAAGAAGAGGAGGAUGCUGUCAUUGCAGAUGAGGAAGAGGAUGAUGCUCCUGCGAUCAAAUUUGGUGGAAAAAAGAAGGCGAAGGCAAAAAAGAGUGGAAAUAGCAGCAGUUUUAGUGCUUUUGGGUUGCUAGGAGAAGAUGGCGAUGAAAAUGAUUUUGAAAGCAAGGAAAAAGAUGAUGACAAUGAUGAUGAAGUGCCUGAAAUUUCUUUUUCUGGGAAGAAGAAAGCCUCCAAGAGUAAGAAGAGUGGUGGCAAUGUCUCUUCUGCCUUUGAAUUGCUUGACGAAGAGGAGGAGGGAGGAGAUAAAGAUGAGAGUCCCAAAGAGGAAGAUGAUGAUGUCAGCAUUGCUUUUACUGGCAAAAAGAAGAAGUCAUCAAAGGGCUCGAAGAAGGCAUCAUUCAGUUCUGCUAUGCUUGAAGAAGAAAAUGAUGAUGGUGCAUCUGUUUCGAAGGUCGAUGAUGAUUUGCAAGAAGGUAGUGUUGCUGAUCAGGAGGAGGAUAUUUUUGCAGUUAAAUUUUCAGGCAAAAAAAAGUCUUCGAAAAAGAAGAAUAUUAAUGAUGACACUGCCGCUGGAAUUGGGAUUGGUGAUGCACCACCUGACCUUGUUGAGCUGGAUCAACAUGGUGGUGAUUCUAAAGAUAAAAAGCCAAACAGUGAAGAUGUAACUUCGAAAAACAAAAAAAAGAAAAAGAAAGGUGGGAAAAAUCUUCAAGAAGAAGAAGAAGAAGACUUGGACAAGAUCCUGGCUGAACUUGGUGCUGGACCUUCUGCUUCUAAACCUGUUCAAGAUUCUGCUGCAGCACCAGUUGCACCUCCUCCAGAGGAGAAGUUACAGAACCAACCUGCCGAACAAGAGGAGGCUGAAGAGGAGGGACCUGUGGAGACUGUAACGUCAAAGAAGAAGAAAAAGAAGAAGGACAAAGAGAAAGAGAAGAAGGCAUCUGCUCCUGCAGCAGAAGAAAAACCAGAAGAAACCAAAAAUGAGACAAAUAGUAAAGUAAGUGGUAAGAAAGUCCCAAAGCAUGUCAGGGAGAUGCAGGAGAGACUUGCGAAACUUAAGGAGGCUGAAGAGAGGAAAAAACGCGAAGAAGAAGAAAAGUUGAGAAAAGAAGAAGAGGAAAGGCUUAAACAAGAAGAACUAGAAAGAUUAGCUGAAGAGAAAAAGCGCUUAAAGAAGGAGAGGGAGAAGGAGAAACUCCUUAAGAAAAAAGCAGAAGGAAAGCUUCUGACAGGGAAGCAGAAGGAAGAGGCUCGGAGAUUGGAGGCAAUGAGGAAGCAAAUACUAGCUAAUGCAAAAUUGGAUAUACCCACUGGAGAAUCUUCCGGAGCACCUGCUAAGAGACCUCUGUACCAGAAGAAAAAAUCGAAGCCCCAAACCCAAUCCAAUGGAGCAGCCAUUUCAGAAAAUGGGGAGACCACAGAUGCAAACGAGUUGGAUUCUGUUGAGGCAGAGAAUGUUGAGGAAGUUGAGUCUCCAAAUGCACAGGAUAAAGCUGGGGUAACUGAUGUUGUUGAAGACAAUGGAGUUGAUGAAGAAGAAGAGGAAGAUGAUGAUGAGGAGUGGGAUGCUAAAAGUUGGGAUGAUGCUGACUUGAAAUUGCCAGGAGAUAGUGUAUUUGCUGACGAAGAAGUUGAUUCAGAACCUGAACCAUUGCCCAAGAAGGAUAUGAAGAACGCACGGACUGCUCCUCAAGAAGAUGCUGAGCUGAAUACAAGCAAGCCAGUAGUCUUGGCUGAUAAACUAACUUCAGUGAUGCCACCGAAAUCAGUGGAUGUUCAGAAGAAGUCUGUGCUGGAGGGAAAUGAAAAUGACAACAAAAAGAAUUCUUCUAAUACAGAAAAGAAGAGCCAAAAAGAAGUAACUGAUGAUCAGCCUGUUCAGAAUGAACAAAACCUUCGUUCUCCUAUAUGUUGUAUUAUGGGUCACGUCGAUACUGGAAAAACAAAGUUACUUGAUUGUAUUAGAGGUACAAACGUCCAAGAAGGCGAGGCAGGUGGGAUUACACAGCAAAUCGGAGCGACCUAUUUCCCCGCUGAGAAUAUACGUGAGAGAACAAAGGAACUGAAAGCUGAUGCAAAGCUCAAUGUCCCUGGCUUGUUAGUGAUUGAUACUCCAGGACAUGAAUCGUUCACCAAUUUGCGUUCUAGAGGAUCAGGAUUAUGUGAUCUUGCUAUUUUGGUUGUUGAUAUAAUGCAUGGGUUGGAACCACAGACAAUUGAAUCACUCAAUCUUUUGAAAAUGAGAAAUACAGACUUUCUUAUUGCCUUGAACAAAGUAGACAGACUUUAUGGAUGGAAGUCUUGCCGUAAUGCACCAAUAGGAAAGGCAAUAAGGCAACAAUCAAAAGAUGUCAUGAUCGAAUUCAACAUGAGGCUAACUCAGAUUAUCACUCAGUUUAAGGAGCAGGGCCUCAAUACUGAGUUGUAUUACAAGAACAAAGAAAUGGGGGAAACAUAUAACAUUGUACCAACAAGUGCCAUAAGUGGUGAGGGGGUCCCAGAUUUAUUGUUACUGCUGGUCCAAUGGGCUCAGAAGACAAUGAUAAAAAGGCUUACAUACAGUGAGGAAGUGCAGUGUACUGUUUUGGAGGUUAAAGUGGUUGAAGGACAUGGGACCACAAUUGAUGUGGUAUUAGUAAAUGGCGUGCUUCAUGAAGGAGAUCAAAUAGUCGUUUGUGGCAUGCAGGGACCCGUUGUUACCUCAAUCAGAGCCUUACUUACACCUCACCCCAUGAGGGAGCUCAGAGUCAAGGGAACAUAUUUGCAUCACAAAGAAAUCAAGGCUGCCCAGGGUAUCAAGAUUGCUGCACAGGGCCUUGAGCAUGCUAUUGCAGGCACCAGUCUCUAUGUUGUGGGGCCCAAUGAUGACAUAGAGGACAUCAAAGAAUCUGCUAUGGACGAUGUAAAUUCAGUGAUGAGUAGGAUUGACAAAAGUGGUGAAGGGGUUUAUGUUCAGGCAUCUACACUUGGGUCUUUAGAAGCAUUGCUGGAGUUUUUGAAGACUCCGGCAGUUAACAUACCUGUCAGUGCUAUAAGUAUUGGCCCAGUUCAUAAGAAGGAUGUGAUGAAGGCGAGUGUCAUGCUUGAGAAGAAGAAGGAAUAUGGGACUAUACUGGCUUUUGAUGUUAAAGUAACACCAGAGGCUCGGGAACUUGCUGAUGAACUUGGUGUAAAAAUAUUCAUUGCUGACAUUAUAUACCACCUUUUUGACCAAUUCAAGGCUUACAUAGAUAAUCUUAAGGAGGAAAAGAAGAGAGAAGCUGCAGAGGAAGCAGUUUUUCCCUGUGUCCUGAAGAUCAUGCCAAACUGUGUUUUCAACAAGAAAGAUCCAAUUGUUUUGGGGGUUGAUGUCGUUGAAGGCAUUGCAAAGAUUGGAACACCUAUAUGUGUUCCCGGAAGAGAAUUUGUCGACAUUGGUCGGAUAGCUUCUAUUGAAAAUAAUCAUAGGCCUGUUGAUUAUGCCAAAAAAGGUCAAAAGGUGGCCAUUAAGAUAAUUGGUAGCAACCCCGAGGAGCAACAGAAAAUGGUUGGAAGACAUUUUGAGGUGGAGGACGAGCUUGUAAGCAAGAUCUCCAGAAAAUCACUUGAUGCACUCAAAGAAAACUACGCGGACGAUCUGUCUACUGAAGAAAAGAGAUUGCUUUUCAAAUUGAAGAAGCUGUUCAAGAUACUGUAAUUUGAAUAUAAUGGAGUUCAAUACUGCUAGGGCUGUUGCAAUCAGGUGACCGGAAUAAGAGUUUGCAACAAGAGAAGACAGAUUUAAUUUGUGGAAGGCAGUAGUUGAUCAGUAAGCUUUGGGUGUUGAUAGCAAAUACAGUGGUUAAUCAGCUUUUCCCUUUGCCCUUUUGUAAACAAUUGAAAUGAGAAGUACUCGUGGAGAGUUUUUGUGUCCAUUCUCCCAAAAUUGAGGCUUUCUGUUGUAUUCUGCACAUAUUUUGGGGAAAUAUUAAAAAGAGUUUUUACA